AGAGAGAGAGAGAGAGAGAGAGAGAGAGAGAGAGAGAGAGAGAGAGAGAGAGAGAGAGAGAGAGAGAGAGAGAGAGAGAGAGAGAGAGAGAGAGAGAGAGAGAGAGAGAGAGAGAGAGAGAGAGAGAGAGAGAGAGAGAGAGAGAGAGAGAGAGAGAGAGAGAGAGAGAGAGAGAGAGAGAGAGAGAGAGAGAGAGAGAGAGAGAGAGAGAGAGAGAGAGAGAGAGAGAGAGAGAGAGAGAGAGAGAGAGAGAGAGAGAGAGGAGAGAGAGAGAGAGAGAGAGAGAGAGAGAGAGAGAGAGAGGCGUCUCCCUCGGGACAGUGGAACUCCACCUCUGCGGUGACGGUGGUGUGGGGGGUGCAGCAGCGCCCGUCCGACCGGAUCAUACAGAUACGAGUCUGCCUCUCCAGCUGGCACCGCUCGUUGUCGUUGGUGACGCGGUACGACACGCCCAUGCCGCAGGUGGCCGAGCACUCGCCCCAUUUGGUGGUCUGGACGAUGCAGUUCUCCCUGGGGCUCUCCGCCGGGACCGGCACGAGGGAGAGAGAGAGAGAGAGAGAGAGAGAGGAGAGAGAGAGAGGGAGAGAGAGAGAGAGAGAGAGAGAGAGAGAG